UUUAUAUAAUAGUAAAUUCUGAGAUCAACUAGAAAUACUUAUUGAGCAUCCGGCCACUCUGACAUGGCAUUAGCGCAGGGACUUGGUUUCUCAUGUGUAUGGAGUCCUCUCCAGUAAUGAUUUUCAAUGCAAACUCGACGUGUUCCAAGCACUUUUCGAAGAAUCGCAAAUCGCACAUCGCACAUCAUACAUCCCAAACAAAAAAUAUUCAGUUCUCGAUGGUGUAGUACCAAAAUAAGGUCACUUAGGUUGUUCCUUUUAGGAGGUAUCCUUAUCCUUUACAAAGCACAGAAAUUUUUUAUGGUAUCUUUUCUAAGAAGCUUGUUUUUGGUCUUUCUCUGCUAACCUUGCUAAGGACGAGACACCAGAUGGUCGGCAACGCUGUCUAGAGAUAUACGGAGCGGAAUCAUGGAGAAACGCGUUUGAAAUGAGGUCUUAUCAACCUCGAAUCAGCAUUUUAGCCAUGCAAUCGAAAGAAGUCGAGAACGAUCCAAUCGUCAGCAUUGUGAUUUUUCAUAAGAAUGACGGUGACUUGGGUGGGUUAGAAUUAAACGGAAAAGUACGUAAAUUAUUUCUGCCGUUGUGGAGUCAAACCUCUGAUCUCAAGCUCAUGAUAUUGUUAGAAGAAGUAUGUUUGCGAUGCGAAUGCUAUCGCAGGAAAUCUGUGCCACCUCAAUGAUUACGGUGCAUUCAUCGGAAGACAUGAUGAAGCGAAAUUUCCCAUUCUCUCAACAGCCAUUCAUAUUUCCCAACAACCUCAGCCUGUAGUUUUUCCGAUAGAACAAAGUGGCAUAUAUUGCGUUGAAGCAAUGGGGUUUACAGCGAGAGAGUUCCAACUUUUGGCGCAGUUUGACUUGGGAUAUGGCCAGAUUCCAGCUGUCCAACUUCCGAGACUCGAGUUCUCUGCCUUCCUUACUAUUACCAGUGCCGCGGCAGCGAUAAUAUCAACUGCCUAUAAAUACUUCGGCCUGGGAAUGGAUGCCAUUCUCUAUCAGCUUUCAAUAUUCUAGCAUGGGUCUUCACAUUUCACUCGAUGAUGUUGUGGACACAUCUUAUCUACGUCAACGAGCACAGUUACGGCUACCAAGACCAGUUCCUGCGAGUGUUUGUCAUAUUCCUUGUCGCUCUCAGGGACUGCUUCGCCGUCAUACUUAGCGAUCAAGCCCUGCCAAUACCACCAACCCAAGAGAAAUUGCGAAAUUUCAAUCGUCUUGCAAUAUUCACCUUGGCAGGCCUCUUGUUCUUCUGUGUGGCAGCUCGAGAAGACGAGAUUCUCAAGAGUUCAAGUGGCACAAGAGAUAAAUUUGUUCUCAUUUGGACCAAUUUUGUAACAGUCGUCUUGCUAGUAUAUCAUGGCUUAUUCAUAGGAAGUCUACGUCUAACGCUUCAAAGGCAACAACAGUAUCCAAGAAGUCAAGAGUUCAGCAGAGCCAACUCAUUAAUGUACGCAUUAGGUGCAAUUAUGGGCGCUAUAAUUAUCUUUGCCACCAUUGACUUACUCCUAUUAAUAUCAUGGAUACAAGCAGAUGAGUAUGGACGAGAUAUCCUAUCAAAGACUUGGCAGUAUCGCUGGUUUUUGGUCAAUGAAUGGCAGACGGUUACUUUCCUAGCUGAUAUCGCAACAACCAUGUAUACAUGAGCAUGAGCAUGAGCAUGAGUUAUCGAGCUAGGCAACUCUUUGGGAGGGUGGUUUGUGGUACAAAAUGUAUUCAAAGGGAAAGAUACAGAUACAGGUAUGAGGAAAGAAAGUGAAAUGGCAAAAGAGAUGGACUGACAAAUUGGGAAUUGCGAACGCGUUUUCUUAUCAGUAGCUGAAUGAUAGCGUGUUAAAUGUGAUCUUAC